AGUAAGUGAGCGCGUUUGUUUACACGUGCGCGAGCUAAUUCUGGCGCAAAGCAAAAUUUCCGAUUUCAACCAACACCGAGCGUUUAGCGCGCGCCGAGUUAAUAGUUCGUUAGUGCAAACUUAGUUAUCGACGAGGGAUAAUGAGAUGUCUUAUCGAAGUGUCGAGAGUGAUGACAACACAUUGAAAUGGGCGGACGAAUAUGUGAAGGACUCGGACGUAGAGGCGGAGAGCAUCUCCGACGACAGCCAAGAUCAAGGCUCGGAGAAAGAAGGACCAUCGCGUACUUUGCGAUCAAAGAGUAUUUUUCACAAUUGGGAACCUGAACUCAUCUGGGAAGAUUUACAGACACUUCCAGGAGUGGACAAUGAUUUCAUUGAAGCAAUAAAAGAUGACAGAUUGAAUGAAAUCUUACAAAACCCAAAUGCACUCAGCAGUGGUUUAUUAAUUGCAACAUAUCUUGGAAAUGCAACAAUAGUUGCAAGUUUACUAAAUCUGGGCGCAUCUGUAGACCAAGUUGCCCCUGAUGGUAGAACAGCCCUGCAUAUUGCUGCAAACUGUGACAAUCUAGAAUGUCUCCAAGUGCUCAUCAAACACAAAUCCGAUGUUAAUAAAUUCGACGCAAACCACAAAGUCACCGCCUUGCAUUUAGCAGCGAGUAAAGGAAGUCUUGCAUGUUUAGAAGAGUUAAUCAUAUCGGGUGCAGAUAUCAACGCCGGAAUCAAAACACCUUUGCAUUAUGCUGUUGAAAAUCUCGAAGAAGAUUGUGUUAAAGCCCUGUUAGAAAGUGGUGCAUCACCGAAUACAAUACAAGUAUUCUCAGAGACACCUCUGCAUGUGGCAGCAACUCUAGGAUCAGCGGAAAUCCUCAAAUUACUUAUACAACAUGGCGCAUCCGUGAAUGUCCAAUGCGGUAGUGAUAAAACAACAGCUUUACACUUAGCCGCAGAAGAUGGUAACAUUGAAUGUGUCAGAUUAUUAAUCGAAGCUAGAGCGAAUAUUUCCGCGUUGAAUGGCAAGAAACAAACGCCAUUACACAUAGCUGCAUUCUGCCAAUCAUCGGAAGCAGUUGAAUUGUUACUGAAAAAAGAUGCCAAUCCAAACGCAAGUGAUAAAGAUGGCCGUACACCACUACACUCCGCCAUUGUUAAAGUCUCGCGAUCCUCAGAAUGUGUCAAACUAUUGCUUGGUGCCGGUGCAAAUGUUAAUAAACCAGAUGCAUUCGGCUACACACCACUUCAUCUGGCCGCGCUGAAUGAAUUCUCUACUUGUGUGAUGAUGCUCAUCAAUGCUGGCGGUGACGUCACAGUACGAACAAAUGGCGGCAUUUCAGUAUUAACUUUCAUCACACGUCGCACCCCGGAUGUAAUACCGAAGUACAUAUGCAAGUUUGACAAUUCCAUCAAACUCACCGAUCAUGAGAUUGGCGAUGUCGACUGCGAACUGAAACUUGACUUUAAAAUCCUCGUCCCGAGCACGAGCAAAGGUGAAACAGAACUGUUACUCAAUUUCAUUGAAGUGGGACAUCGUGAAGUCCUAAAUCAUCCGCUAUGCGAGACAUUUCUCUAUCUAAAAUGGCGUCGAAUUCGAAAAUAUUUCCUUUUUUCACUGUUCUAUCACGCAGUGUAUGUAACACUCUUCACAGCCUACACCAUAGAAGUAUUUAGCCGUGAUUGUGAGUCAAAACUCAACUUUGCAAUGACAUUCCGAGGUGGACCAGGCAUACAUCGCAAACCCAACACAUGUUUAGUACCAGAAUGGGCUAAGAACAUGUGUUACCUCCUCAUCAUGUUGAAUUUCAUGCUCGUGGGUAAGGAGAUAUUCCAAAUCGCACAUAGUUGGGCAACGUACAUCAAACAAUGGGAAAAUUGGCUGCAAUGGAUGAUUAUUAUCGCUGUGUUUUUAUGCGCGGUGCCAACCAAUGGUGAUAUUACAUUCACGAUGUAUUCAUGGCAGCAUCAUGUGGCGGCCAUUGGAAUAUUCCUCACUUGGCUGGAGCUGAUGAUGAUAGUUGGGCGGUUUCCAAUUUUCGGGCUGUAUAUCCAAAUGUUUACAACGGUGGCGAUUAACUUUGCGAAAUUCUUAUUGGCCUACGGAUGUUUACUAAUUGCGUUUGGAUUGAGUUUCGGCGUGUUGUUCGCCAACUAUCGGGACAUUAACAAUAUCUUUCUGUGGAUUAUGAAGACGAUUAUUAUGAUGUCAGGGGAAUUGGAAUUUGAAGACAUGUUUUAUACAAAGGAGUAUCCAGUUCACUAUCCGGGUACUGCACAUGUGAUGUAUCUCGCGUUUGUUUUGUUAGUGACUGUUAUCCUGACUAAUUUAAUGGUUGGUUUAGCGGUUAGCGAUAUUCAAGGAUUGCAACAAAGUGCAGGGUUAGAUCGACUUGUAAGACAAGCGGAAUUAGUCGCGCAUUUAGAGAGUAUGUUGUUUUCGAGACUGUUACGUUGGAUGCCAUCGAAAUUUUUAGCGUUUUUCUAUAAACAUGCGCUGUUGUUAAAGUCGACGCAUCACAGCGCAUUGUAUAUUCGACCGAACGAUCCAAGAGAGAAUCGAAUACCGAAAGAUUUGAUUAAACACGUUUAUGAAUUGGUUUGUGAGCGUAAAGAGCGUAUUAAACGGAAGAGAAGUUGUAAAGUAGAGAAUUACCAAAUUGUCUCGCGUCUUAAUUCGACUAGUGAUUACACUUACAUGGGAAAAAGUAACAAACUCAAUGUAGAGUACAAUAAUAUGCAAUAUGUUUAAGUUUAAAUUUAAUAAUUGUAAAUUUAAAAAACUUACCAAUAAAUCACAGCUAUAGCAGGAA